AUGGCCGACUCGAACUCGAACCCGGCCGGUGGUGGGACUUCGCUCAACCCGAAAGCCGCGGCGUUUUCCAUGCCUGCGCCUGGUGAAACUGUUCUCUCAAACGGGACCCCUCAAGCCGCGGAAAGUGCAGUGGCCAACGGGAAUGAAGAAGCGAAAGGAUCGAAGAAGACCAAGCCACGGCCGGACGCUGCCCCUCGGUCUACUACAGAGCAAAACAUUGCUGAAGCGGGGGCUGGGGUCAAACUGUCGGGUGCUGCGUUGAAGAGGCAGAAGGCUGCCGAAAAAGCAGCGAGGAGGGCGGAGAAAGUUGCUGCCAAGGGGGAGCAAGCCGUGGAAGAGAACCAAGCGCAAGCGCAGGCACAGGCACAGGCACAGGCUCAAUCAGGGACCGCGACUUCAGGCUCGAAGGGGGAGACACAAAGACGGCCGUCGACAUCCAAGAGGGAGAGCGAGACAGGCUCACACCACAAGAGGACACCAUCGGGCAAGGGCCUACCGAUCCGAGGAGGACCACAGCAACAGCAGCAGCAGCAGCAGCAGCAGCAACCACCCCAGUCUGCAGCCGUCGAGAGGGAGAAACGAGCCGAAGUCAAGCGCGUCCCCAUCUUUGCACACCUCUACCCAAAGGAAAAGAAAGCCACACUCUCGGGGGCGGGUCGAGAAAUCCACCCGGCCGUGGUAUCGCUGGGCCUUCAACUCCGCGACCAUGUCAUCUGCGGAGGCAACGCACGCUGUGUAGCCACGCUCCUCGCCUUCAAAAAGGUUAUCCAGACGUACACGACGCCGCCUGGCGUGGCGCUGUCUCGCCACCUGUUGACCCACCUGAACCACCAAAUCGCGUACCUCCGCAACGCCCGCCCGCUCAGCAUGUCCCAGGGGAAUAGCAUCCGCUGGCUCAAGAACCUGAUAUCCACCCAGCCCGUUGACACCACGGACAGUGAAGCAAAGUCCACCAUUUGCCAGGCCGUGGACCUCUUCAUCCGCGAACGCAUCACCCUCGCCGACGAGGUCAUCGCGCGGGAAGCGAGUGGGCGGAUCGAAGACCGAGACGUCAUCCUCACGUACGCAAAGAGCAGCAUCGUCGAGAAGACACUCCUCACCGCCCACCACCAGGGCAAGCAGUUCAAGGUCAUUGUGGUUGAUUCGAGACCCAUGUUCGAGGGCCGCAAUCUCGCGCGCAGCCUGGUCCGCGCCGGUCUCAAAGUGCAGUAUACCCUGCUUUCGGGCCUCUCGGACGUGCUAUCGUAUCACCCGCAGGGUGACGCGGUGACCAAAUGCUUUCUCGGCGCCUCUGCCAUGCUCGGGAACGGGACUCUACUCUCCCGAGCGGGCUCGGCCAUGGUGGCCAUGAUGGCGAAGGAGUGCAGCAGCAAGAACAAUGCGCGUGUCGUGCCUGUGGUCGUCCUGUGCGAGACGGUCAAGUUCACGGCAAAGGCCGCGCUGGACAGUAUCAUCCUGAACGAGGUGGGCGAUGCGGACGCGUUGGUCGAGGUCGAAGAGUUGAAUAUACUGUCUUCGACGAAACCAGCGACCACUCCUGCAGAAGCCGCCAAAGGCGGCAAGAAGCAGCAGGGCGGCCAGAAGGACAAAGACGAUGAGGAUGCGGAGGACAAGAACUCGUCAAGAGGGCUGGAAGGGUGGAAAGAUCAACCGAACCUCUUGCUCCUGAAUCUCAUGUACGACGUCACGCCGGCCGAGUUCUUGGAUCUGGUGGUUUGUGAGCUGGGCAGUCUGCCGCCACGAGCGGUGCCUGUGGUCAACGGCGUGCAUGGGGAUGAUCAGGCUCUGGCCUGA